AUGUUUACCAGUUUACUUAUUGGGGGAACUGCUAAGGCAUUUCCAGAUCCUUUGCGCGCUACUCCGCUGAAGUGUUUGCGCAAACACGACAACAACAACAGUGGCCUGCAAUCUAUGCAGCAUGAACAGAUUCCGGCACAGGCAGGUGGCACAGCAGCACCUGCAUCCGAGUCGGACAGGGUUCCCACGGAUGAGGCGAGGGACAUCCCAGAUCCGGUUGCAGAGGGUGUCUCUGUACCGGGACAGCUCUCGAAGGAGGAGAUGGCCGGGAACUCUGUGGAUGUAGAACCAGAGGACACUUCUGUUGUGCCAAACGCAGAUCAGCGCGCGGACCCGCAGUCAGCAGAGGAGCCCCCCGAAGGUGGUCCGCCGGUGCAGGCGGCAGCCAAUGGCGGUCCAAGUGGUCAGGCAGGCGAACCUGGCCAAGACCAGCCUGUACACCAGCCACCUGUAGGGGACGCCAUGCCGUCAUCAUACAUACCAGCAGUUGACACAGCCCUCAAAUUCAUCCAUAAACUCUGGUUGAAUCCUUGUCUCGCAGACGAGAGGCUUGACGCAGACAACAUCUCACAGUUGCAAAAUCCCAUAACCGAGAGUCCUGACCUCAGUCCCGACAAACAACUGUCCAUCAAGCUAUAUCUUGCAGACACCGAUGGAUCCGAGAAGAUCUACGAUGGCAUACACGACGUGAUCCUCGAGCGCUUCGCCGAGUGCGACGUCCUCUCUCACCACCUUGUCAAGAAGAAGGUCGCUGAGCUCUCGGGGGUUGUUGUGAUCCUCGAGGACAUGUGCAUCAACAGUUGUCUUGCAUACACUGAGACGUGCCCUUACUGCAGCGAGCCCUGCUACGAUCCCGCACUUCUCGCUUCAACUGGCAAGAAGAAGGCGCGACAGCAGUUCAGUACGUUUCCUAUCGGCCCUCAAAUUCAGAUGGGCAAAUUGGACAUCAUUGAGGAUAUACCUUACGGGUCGGACUUCUGGGAUGCCUACCAGUGUGGCGAUAUCAAACCGGAUGAUGUGUGCCUCAUCUUCUCUAUGGAUGGGGCCCAGCUCUACGAGCACAAGGCAUCAAAUUGUUGGAUCUAUAUAUGGAUCCUGGUUGAUGUCUUCCCUGACCUACGCUUCAAAAAGAAGCAGCUCUUCCAAGGCGCAAUCGUGCCUGGCCCGCUGAAGCCCAAAAACUCCGACUUGAAACCUGGUGGAUCACACUACUACUCUGUCUGCGCGAAGCCCGACAAUUAUGAUGAGUCUGGAUGUGAUCAUCCUGACUACGAUCCCUCAGACGUACUCGAAGCAUCGCCCAUUGAUUAUGAACACAAUGUCCUUUGCGUACAGGCAUCUUUCUCAGCUACCGACUACCGGGUGCAGCGACUUGAUACAGGGAUCUCAAAGCCAAGUGAUAUCAUGCAUCUAACUGGGCUGAAUAUCACCGGCCUCAUGCAAAAACUACUCCGGGGCACGAUCAACUGCGACGCGGGUAACAGCGAUAACAAGGUGUCAUGGGGCUGGCACCAUGAAAAGCAGGUUGCAGUGGUGAGGGUAUAUCUUCCAGGGUCCUUCGACCGCCCGCCACGCAAUCCAGCCGAGAAGAUCUCGAGUGGUUACAAGUGCUGGGAGUUCCUGCAUUGGAUGUACGGACUCGGUCCAGCACUUCUGCAUGGGAUAAUGCCGACAGAAUACUGGGAGAACUUCUGCAAACUUGUCGCUGGUGUUCGGAUUAUACUUCAGUAG